AUGUUAAACGCAGCAGAACGCUUGGCAACUCUCGCGGCUGGGACUGCUUGCCCGCCUGCGCCGAACGUGGCCGUGGCACAGACAGUUGGCAUUGGGGAAAACACGCUAAGCAGCUUCUUUGGCGAGUUGGAUCCUGACUUGGAACUUGUGCGUUCCACACUGGUAAAGCUUGGCUAUGACAUGAGCCAAGAAGAUGUGAACCCGGUGUUGCUUGACAUACAAGCCUUGGGCACGGACGAGUUCUUCAGUGGCCUUCCUGGGGACACAACAUUGAGGGCUAAAGCAGCUUUCAAGAGAUUCUUGAAUAUGUCCUCGCCGUUCACCUCUCAAGAAGCUUCCCAGUCCACGGACUCGGAUUUGCUUUUGAAGACGGCGCUGCGAGUUGCUGGAAUGUCAGAUCCGGUUGCUGAGGAAGCCGAGCGACUGAAACAUAAGCAAACCGUGGGUGAGCUUGCCCAACGCCUCGAACUCGGCAUGUUUGCUCCGUCCUUGCUUCCAGAUGCGGAUUUGCUCAGAAAAGUCUCUUCGGCUGCUCAAGUCGGGCACUUCCCACAACCUGACCGCAAACAGCUGUUAGAUCAUGAAGGUCCACGGGCCUUUGCCAAGCAGCUUUGGCAAAUUCUUCGGUCCGGCAUCGCUCUCCUCUUGAUGCAGCGUAUGUCCCCGGCAGCGUUGUUCAGCGAGUUGGGCUUGGCGCUUCAAAUUGCCAGUGAAACUCCAGGCGAUGACAAGCAGGCGGAGAAAUUGGCGGCGCUGUACAGCAUCAAGAUUCGGGAGCUCCUUCACGGAUCCUCUUUGAAUGUUCCCUUGAACCCAGAAGUGGACACGAAGCCGUUUGAGGAGGCUAUGCAGGUUUUCCUGCGACGCGACCCCGGCGUCUUUUCGGAAGCCAAGGAUUCUGUUUGUCUUGAGGAGGGUGGUGCAAAAGCUCCUUCAGCUCCACAGGCUCGCAAACCUUCUCUUACUGAUCAUUGCUUGAGACACGCAGUCAAGCCCAACUUCUGCAGCGGUUAUGGGCGGAAAACAUGCGGCUUCAACCACACGUGUCCUUUCUGUCAAGGCAAGAUCUGCCAGAAUAAGCCCGGCUACUUGGCUCGUCACCUGGCUUCCCUACGAGUGCCCAUGGAGAUGGUGGUCAGAGAGGAGGGCCGUUCUCACAAGGACAAAGGCGGCUCCUUCGAUUGGGCACCGGUUGAAGAGCGACGCCAAGACCAGGUUCAAAGGUGCCUUCCGGCGACACUUGGUCGCCGCAGUUUUGACGGGGCUCUCGGCGAAGCAGAGAACCCAGCCACUUUACAGUCUGGCAGCAGCAAAGAAGUUCAGCAAAGCUUGCUCACGGCAUUUUCUUCGGACGCACGGCUUCCGCCCGCCAGUUCUCUCACUCCGCGUAUCCUCGGCAUCAUGUCCCACAAAGGGUUUUGUCAAGGUGAUUUUCUGGAUGAGAGGAUCCUGGCGGACAAGUCUCGCUACAUGUCCUCCUGGGAAGAUUUCGUUUCCGAGGUUAUUCAAUUCAGCAGCCCCCUGCGCCAACCUUUCCGAGACUUGUCCAGCACUGUGACUGCAGGGAUUUGGCAAAGGGCUACGCUGUCCGCCGCAGAAAUUGCGGCAUACGCAGAUGGCGCGUAUUCGUCGCGUUGUGGCCAUCCAGAUAAGGCUUUGGCCGAAGAUGCGCAGCAGCCAGAUGGAUUCCGCUUGUUGGGACGACUGCCAGCAGUGCCACAAUGGCCACAACGCCCGGAACCUCCUGCUUGGGAUGAUGCAGCUCAUGUUCGAGAUCUCCAGCGUCUCUUGGACAAGCAUGCUGUUAAGCAGAAGGAUGGUCGCUUCAAGGUGCCUGGCAGCCACUCCGCGGAGCUUCACAGGCUACUCGAGGAGGAGACCACCAAAGGCUUUUGGACGUCCUACUCGUGGUCAGAGGCGCGUCAAGAGUUGGGAGACUUUGCUUGUUGGUUGUACUUCGGGGUUCAAGAACCAUCUAAGCUUAGGGGUUGCUUGGAUCCGGAAGAAGCCAAUGGUCCAUCGAUGGUCCUGCUGCCGAACCAAGUUCUCAUGGCUGGUUUGGAUGGCUACCUCUCGCUUUGCCAAACAGUGGCUGCCGCCUUCAAAAAGAAAGGGCAGCUCUGCGGGGCUUUGCCGAAGAUUACGAGCACGGACAAGGAGGGGAACAUCAGAAUUUAUGUGCCCCGAAAGCUUUUGUUUGGACCGCGAGGGUCCCCGCAUGUUUUCUGCCGAGUCACGGAUGCCGUGUCAGCCAUAGCUGCGGUUCUCUUGCUGAUCCCCAACGUUCCUCACGUGGACGAUUUGGUGGGCGUGGACACUCAGGAUGCAAUAGCGUCGGCGCGAGAGGCCUUCGUCGAGCUGCACAAGCUUCUGAAUUUCAGGCUCAAGGCCACCAAGGCUAGACCGCCUCGCGAUGCAGCGGGAAGUGCUUCAACGUUUGUGGCGCUGGGAGCUCUCCUCAGCUUUGACACCACGGAACACCAGCGGAAGCUAGGCUUGGUUUGCACCGUGGACAUGCCGCAGCAGAAAGUCAAGAAGUACUCGGACGUCAUCACGUCUACAUUGGCGCAGCGUCACUUAUCGGCUGCCGUGGCUGGGAAAUGUGUGGGCCAGUGGGACCAUUGUUCGGCUCUGGCCCUCGGCAAGUCAGGUCGUGCCUUUACGUGGCCUCUUAGGGAACUUUCUCGCGGCGGACAAGUCUCGUGGCGAGUGCUGCAAGCUGCUCUAGUGGGCUUCAGCAUUUUCAUGUGCGCCUCCGGCCCCGCACCGGUGCAUAUUCCAGGCACGCUGGCUCGAAGGGCGGCCCUCAUCUUUGUGGAUGCUGCAGGGAGAGCCAACAGCUACGGACUCGGAGGAGUGGCUUGGGGAGCUUUAUCCGGCGUGAGGUAA